CGUAUUACAUUAGAUAAAGAAACGGUAAUACAGCGCCUGUAUACAAGGGGAUUAACUGAUGCAAAAGACCAAAUUCAAGCUAUAUGGACAUUGGACACGACAAAACUUUCCAUGCAAGUACAAUUAGAAACACUUGCUGCUAAACUAAAUAAGCUGAAUAAGGAAAUAGGAGGAGCUCUACAGCAACAGGGAGAAACAGAAACACUCCUAUCUAAAAAACAGGAGAUUAAUGGAUUAAAAGUGGCGGCUAAGGAUCUAGCACAAAAACUCAAAGAACAGGAAAUGAUUUUAUUAGAAAAAUUGUAUCAACUGCCCAAUCUACCAGAUGAAAGCGUACCAUUUGGUAUACAUGCUGGUGAUAACCAAAUACUUUACCAAACCCCUACCCUACCCACUAUUGUACCAGAUGGUUUAGCACACUGGGAUCUAAUUAAAAAAUAUGAUUUGGUAAAUUUUGAGCUUGGUAAUAAAAUCACAGGGGCUGGGUUUCCUAUCUACAAGGGUAAAGAAAAAGCAACAGAAGCAGGCUAUAUAGAAAUUCAACCUCCUAUUUUAGUCAAUGAAACAUCUGCCUAUGCAACAGGGCAACUUCCUGAUAAAGGACAAAUGUAUCAUGUAACUAGAGAAGGGUUGUAUCUUAUUCCUACUGCAGAGUUGUAUCUUAUUCCUACAUGA